CGCACACAAGGUCGUACUCCGUAGGGAGGGGUCGGUAUAUCAGUCGAGGAGCAAACAGGGGGGACGCAGAGGGCUCGAGAGAUGUCACCAGUGGGAAACCUUGUCCGUGGGUAUCUGUGUCUGGACUCUGGAGGACUCUGGUGGGUGUCUGAGCUGGGUGGAGGUAGGGAGUGGGCUUUCUGGCCCGGGGUGAAUGAAUGGCAUGACAUAAUAAAAGACUGGUCGGUCCUCUACAGGACCAGGAGUAGGAUGGAUGCGAUGGUAAUACACGGAGAAUUAAUCUGGCCACGCUUCACGAGUCGGAAAUCUCUUGUUGUAUGCACCUGGUUGCAAGUUGUGCUGCUCAUCGGCUGUCGGGACUCUGCGGUCUUUGCUCUCCUGGUGUCGUCAGUGGCGGCACAGGGCGUUGGACUAUUGUUGACAACGCAAAUAUCGCAUAUAGUACUGGGAUCUUGCGGGCCAGCUGAUUUUUUAUAAUACUUGCAAGUUCAAACCUUGAAUGAGAUGAUGAGGCUAGUGCAAUCAAGCACCGGGUAUUUCUAUGGGCACACGCCCCUUUUUGCACUUGAAUCUCCGA